AUGUUCUCACCCAAACCCAUCACCCUAUCAAAACCCAAAGGCUACACUAUCUUUGCCUCUCUUAUUUCCCGGAGUGGUUUCCUCAAUGGCUACGAUACCGGAUCCAUUGGUGCAAUCACCAGUAUGCCAUCUUUUACCUCGAAAAUCGGAGAUCUAUCACCCCUACUCCGUGGGUUUACAGUUUCAUUAAUCAUGAUGACUGGUGCUAUGCCCUCUAUUUUUGGUGGUAAAUUGGCUGAGAAAUCGGCCAUCUUUAUGGUUUGUGGUUGGGGUGUGUUAGUGUUAUAUCACCAAGACAGCACCAUGUGCAUCACGAGGAAUGUUCGUCUCGCUACCACAAUUCAUGUGACAGCUGGUGUUUGCGCAGGAUAUUUUACUUGUUUUGGUUCUGCCCGUUUGGAGUCUUCGAUGUCGUGGCGAGCGCCGUUUAUCGUUCAGUCGUUACCUGCUGUUGUCCUCGCGGCUUUCUGUGCUUACUUUCCGGAUUCACCAAGAUGGCUACUUCAUAAGGGGAGAAGAGAAGAAGCAUUACAGGCACUAGAAAGAUUGGAGAUUGAGAAUGAAGAAGCGGAGAAGGACAUUUUAGUUCCAGUUCCAGUAUCUGUGGAUGUAAAGAAGGGAAUCAGGGGCUUUUUGAGAAUUUUUGAGAAAGAGUAUAGGAGCAAAACUUUCUUGGCAGUUUUCUUGUUGGGGGCGUUACAAUUAAGUGGGAUUGAUGGAGUACGUACCAACUCUCUUCGAAACUGCAGGUCUCCCUGGAAAAACGUCCACAUUUCUCGCUUCGGGUGUGAGUGCCAUACUUAUGGUCGCCAUCACCAUUCCAGCUACCUUUACGAUGAUCGAUGGGGGCGUCGUACAUCAGGUCUUGUUGGCGGUAUCAUACUAUCUUCGUCAAUGUUCAUUAUCGGCGCACUAUAUCUUUCAAACUCUGUCCACCCCUAUGGGAUUGGACGCUGGGUCGUAGUGGUUUUAAUUUUUAUAUUUGCGCUGACGUAUUGUACGACAUGGGCGGUCAUGGGAAAGAUUUACGCCAGUGAAAUUCAACUCAUGAAGACUAGAAAUGAGGCGAAUAGUUUGGCUCAAGGGGUGAACUUUUUCACAAAUUGGUUGGUGGCGUUCUUGACACCGAUUUUUCUGGAUCAUUCUAGUUAUGGUGCUUAUUUCAUGUUCGGGGGUUUCUCAUUGCUGGCCGUUUUUGUAACGGCUAUCUGA